AUGCCAUGCAGAGGAACAGCUACCCCUAAUGUGUUCCGGGUCCAGGGUGUGCUGUUUAAUGAGGCUCACUCCUCUCAGUGCCAUCCCAGAGUUGGUUCACCACAGCCAGGUUUGGAGCAGCUCUGGUGUGGGAACGAGAGUGAAAAAGGAUCCCAUGUUCCAGAAGCAACUCCCACAUACUCAGAAGCCAAUAAAGAUGCGGUCACACCUGGGGCAGCUUCUGCAUCCACCUCUGAAGGGGCAGGGGGCAGCACUGUACUACCUGCAAGGACUGGAGCCCCAGGAUCAGGAACAACUGGAUCAUCAGUGGGAACCACAAGGUCCUCAAGCAGUGAGAUGACCUCAGCUGAAGUCAGUGCAGUCACACCUGGGGCAGCUUCUGCAUCCACCUCUGAAGGGGCAGGGGGCAGCACUGCACUACCUGCAAGGACUGGAGCCCCAGCAUCAGGGAGCACAGUGACAUCCUCAGGGCACACAACCAUGACUCGAGCCUCCAGUCUAUCCCCAGCCUCUGCCAGCAGCAAACCAGGAACAACUGGAUCAUUAGCGGGAACCACUAGCAAUGAGAUGACCUCAGCUGAAGUCAGUGCAGGAACUGUAGUCCCUACUGAAGCCACAUCAAGGGACAAUGAAGCCAGCACACCCAGGGAACCCAGCAGCAGUGCUAUAAGCCAAGGAACCCCAGGAACGAGUGGAGGUUCACAUUCAGCCAGCACCGGAGCUCCUAGUGAAAACACAUCUUCAGUAACAGAGAGCACAGUGACAUCCUCAGUGCACACUACCAUCACUCAAGCCUCCAGUCUAUCCCCAGCCUCUGGCAGCAGCAAACCAGGAACUACUACACCAUCAGCUAGGGAAACAUCUGGAGCCCCAAGCAGUGAAUCGGCUCAGCCUUCAGACAAGUCAAGCACAACAAGACAGUCUGUGGGAGUUACCACAAGAGCAGACCGGGAGGCCACACCUGUCACCCAAGGCACAGAAGUCACCACUGGAAGCCCAGCAGGCACACCUGGGACAACUUCUGCAUCCACCUCUGGAGGAGCAGGGGGCAGCAUUGCUCUACCUGCAAGUACUGGAGCCCCAGCAUCAGAAAUCCAAAAGUUUGACAACAGUGCUCUUGACAGGUCGGGGAAGAAACACUUGGUGCUUUGUGUCUGGCAGGUGGGCGCUCACCAUGAGACACCCCAUGGAGGCCAGCCAGACAAAGGGAACAGAACUACAAUCAUUUACCCUUUGGCCCAGAAGCCCUGCGUUCCUACUCUAGGAUGCAGAGCAGCCAGCUUUACACUAAGUUCUGGACAAUCAUUAGGAGAGACACAAAUGACCACAGUGCUAUCUACCAUAGUUUCAGAUCCAACUAGAAUGUCCUUUAGCCCUCCAAUGACAACUGGACCUUUAUCACCUCAUGGAGAACAAACAAGUAGAGAAACUGUUACUGGAACUGGAACAGCUGGUGUGUCAAUGACAAAUACAGAGAGAUCUGCACAAUCAGCAAAAACUGGACCAGCAUCUCAAGCACCAGAAACAACUAAGGUAUCUGUCACUGGCACAGAGUCGACUGCCCCAUCAACUGGAGGAACCUUAACAAAGGCAACAUCAGUUGGAGAAACAACAAUAACAACAUCAUCAUCUAAAGAGGCAGUGACAUCUGGGCAAACAGCUGGACCCACAGCAACAAAUAGUCCAUCAGUCUCAGUGUCAGGAACUACAGAAACAAAGGAUAAAUUAGCUAUGACAUCAGGCCAAACACCUAGGGUUACUUUAACAUCUAGCAAGUCACCUGAAGUGAGUAAGGCAUCCACACAAUCAGUUGGGAGCACAGUGCUAUCUACUGUAGUUUCAAAUCCAACUAGAAUAUCCUCUCACCCUACAACAACAACUGGAACACCAUCAGCAGAAGGACAACAAACAAGUACAGAAACUGUUACUGGAACAGGAACAACUGGUGUGUCUACUGUAGUUACAGAAAGAACUGAACAAUCUCUUGCACAGUCAGCAACAUCUGGACCAUCAACUCCAGCAGUAGAAACUACUAAGGUAUCAGAAACUGCCAAAGCGUCAACCGGCCCAUCAACUGGAGGAACUUCGACAAAGGCAACAUCAGCUGGAGAAACAGCAACAACUACAUCACCAACUAGAGAGGCAGUGACAUCUGGACAAACAGCUGGGCCCACAGCAGCAAAUAGUCCAUCAGUUUCAAUGUCAGGCAGUACGGUGGCAAAUGGUCCUGUGACUGUGACAUCUGUCAAGACUCCUACUUUAACAUCUGGCCAGUCACCUGAAGUGAAGGAGACAUCCACACCAUCAGCUGAGAGCACAGUGCUAUCUACUGUAGUUUUAGAUGCAACUAGAAUAUCCUCUCACCCUAUGAUAACAACUGGACAUUCAUCAGCACAAAGACAACAAACAAGUACAGAAACUGUUACUGAAACAGGAACAACUGGUGUGUCUACUGUAGUUACAGAAAGACCUGCACAAUCUCUUGCACAGUCAGCAACAACUGGACCAGCAUCUCAAGCACCAGAAACAACUAUGGUAUCAGCAACUGCCACAGAGUCAACUGCCCCAUCAACUGGAGGAACCUUAACAAAGGCAACAUCAGUUGGAGAAACAACAAUAACAACAUCAUCAUCUAAAGAGGCAGUGACAUCUGGGCAAACAGCUGGACCCACAGCAACAAAUAGUCCAUCAGUCUCAGUGUCAGGAACUACAGAAACAAAGGAUAAAUUAGCUAUGACAUCAGGCCAAACACCUAGGGUUACUUUAACAUCUAGCAAGUCACCUGAAGUGAGUAAGGCAUCCACACAAUCAGUUGGGAGCACAGUGCUAUCUACUGUAGUUUCAAAUCCAACUAGAAUAUCCUCUCACCCUACAACAACAACUGGAACACCAUCAGCAGAAGGACAACAAAUAAGUACAGAAACUGUUACUGGAACAGGAACAACUGGUGUGUCUACUGUAGUUACAGAAAGAUCUGAACAAUCUCUUGCACAGUCAGCAACAACUGUAACAUCAUCUCAAGCACCAGAAACAACUAAGCUAUCAGUCACUGGCACAGAGUCAAAUGUCCCAUCAACUGGAGGCACCAUGACAAAUGCAAUAUCAGUUGAAUAUUCAACAACUACAUUGCCACCUAGAGAGGCAGUGACAUCUGGACAAACAGGGUCUACAGCAGCAACUAGUCUAUCAAUUUCAGUGUCGGGAAGUACGGUGGCAAAUGGUCCUGUGACUGUGACAUCUGGCCAGACUUCCAGGGUUACUUUAACAUCUGGCCAGUCACCUAAAGUGAGGGAGACAUCCACACAAUCCACUGGGAGCACAGUGCUAUCUACUGUAGUUUCAGAUGCAACUAGAAUAUCCUCGCACCCAACAACAACAACUGGACCUUUAUCAGCAGAAGGACAACAAACAAGUACAGAAACUAUUACUGAAACAGGAACAACUGGUGUGCCAACUACAAUUACAGAGAGACCUGAAAAAUCCAUUACACAAUCAGCAACAUCUGGACCCUCAUCUCAAGCACCAGAAACAACUAAGGUAUCUGUCACUGGCACAGAUUCAACUACUGGCCCGUCAACUGGAGGAACCUUGACAAAGGCAACAUCAAUUGAAGAAACAAGAACUACAUCACCACCUAGAGAGGCAGUGACAUCUGGAAAAACAGCUGGGCCCACAAUAGUAACAAGUCCCUCAGUUUCAGCAUCAGGAAACACAGUGACAAAUGGUCCUGUGACUGUGACAUCUGCUCAGACAACCAGUGUGACUGUAACUUCUAGGCAAUCACCUGAAGUGAGGGAGACAUCCACACAAUCAGCUGGGAGCACAGUGCUAACUACUAUAGUUACAAAUCCAACUAGAAUAUCCUCUCAUCCUACAACAACAACUGCAAUAUCAUCAGCAAAAGGACAACAAACAAGUACAGAAACUGUUACUGGAACAGGAACAACUGGUGUUUCAACUACAAUUACUGAGAGACCUGUACAAUCUCUUGCACAAUCACCAACAUCUGGACCAUCAUCUCAAGCACCAGAAACAACUAAGGUAUCAGUGACUGGCACAGAGUCCACUGCCCCAUUAACUGGAGGCCCGAUGUCAAAGGCAACAUCAGUUGAAGAAACAACAACUGCUUCACCACCUAUAGAGGCAGUGACAUCUGGACAAACAGCUAGACCCACACCAGCAACUAGUCCAUCAGUUUCAAUGUCAGGAAGUACAGUGGCAAAUGGUCCUGUGACUGUGACAUCUGCUCGGACAACCAGUGUGACUGUAACUUCUAGGCAAUCCCCUGAAAUAAGGGAGGCAUCCACACAAUCAGCUGAGAGCACAGUGCUAUCUACUGUAUUUUCACAUUCAUCUAGAAUAUCCUCUCACCUUACGACAACAACUGGAACAUCAUCAACAAAAGGACAACAAACAAGCACAGAAACUGUUACUGGAACAGGAACAACUGGUGGGUCAACUACAAUUACAGAGAGACCUGUACAAUCUCUUGCACAAUCACCAACAUCUGGACCAUCAUCUCAAGCACCAGAAACCAUUAAGGUAUCAAUUACUGGCACAGAGUCAACUGGUCCAUCAACUGGACGCACCAUGGAAGAGUCAACAUCAAUUGGAAAAACAAAAACUACACCACCACCUAGAGAGGCAGUGACAUCUGGAAAAACAGCUGGACCCACACCAGCAACUAGUCCAUCAGUUUCAGUGUCUCAAAGUAUGGUGACAAAUGGUAAAUUAGGUAUCACAUCUGGCCAGACAUCUAGGGUUACCUUAACAUCUGGCCAAUCACCUGAAGUAAGGGAGACAUCCACACAAUCAGCUGGGAGCACAGUGCUAUCUACUGUAGUUUCACAUUCAUCUAGAAUAUCCUCUCACUCUACAAAAACAACUGGAUCAUCAUCAACAAAAAGACAACAAACAAGUACAGAAACUGUUACUGGAACAGGAACAACUGGUGUGUCUACUGUAGUUACAGAGAGACCUGCACAAUCUCUUGCACAAUCACCAACAUCUGGACCAUCAUCUCAAGCACCCAAAACCACUAAGGUAUCAAUUACUGGCACAGAGUCGACUGCCCCAACAAGUGGAAGCACCAUGACAAAGGCAACAUCAGUUGAAGAAACAACUACAUUACCACCUAGAGAGGCAGUGACAUCUGGACAAACAGCUGGACCCACAGCAGCAAAUAGUCCCUCAGUUUCAAUGUCAGGCAGUACAGUGGCAAAUGGUCCUGUGACUGUGACAUCUGCUCAGACAACCAGUGUGACUGUAACUUCUAGGCAAUCACAUGAAUUGAGUAAGACAUCCACACAAUCAGCUGGGAGCACAGUGCUAUCUACUGUAGUUUCAAAUCCAACUAGAAUAUCCUCUCACCCUACAACAACAACUGCAAUAUCAUCAGCAGAAAUACAACAAACGAGUACAGAAACUGUUACUGGAACAGGAACAACUGGUGUGUCAACUACAAUUACAGAGAGAUCGGCACAAUCUCUUGCACAAUCACCAACAUCUGGACCAUCAUCUCAACCCAAAACCACUAAGGUAUCAAUUACUGGCACAGAGUCGACUGCCCCAACAAGUGGAAGCACCAUGACAAAGACAACAUCAGUUGAAGAAACAACUGCAUUACCACCUAGAGAGGCAGUGACAUCUGGACAAACAGCUGGACCCACAGCAGCAAAUAGUCCCUCAGUUUCAAUGUCAGGUAGUACAGUAGCAAAUGGUCCUGUGACUGUGACAUCUGCUGAGACAACCAGUGUGACUGUAACUUCCAGGCAAUCACAUGAAUUGAGUAAGACAUCCACACAAUCAACUGGGAGCACAGUGCUAUCUACUGUAGUUUCACAUUCAUCUAGAAUAUCCUCUCACCCUACAACAACAACUGCAAUAUCAUCAGCAGAAAUACAACAAACAAGUACAGAAACUGUUACUGGAACAGGAACAACUGGUGUGUCAACUACAAUUACAGAGAGAUCGGCACAAUCUCUUGCACAAUCACCAACAUCUGGACCAUUCUCUAGCCCCAGAACAACUAAGGUAUCAAUUACUGGCACAGAGUCGACUGCCCCAACAAGUGGAAGCACCACGACAAAGGCAACAUCAGUUGAAGAAACACCUGCAUUACCACCUAGAGAGGCAGUGACAUCUGGACAAACAGCUGGACCCACAGCAGCAAAUAGUCCCUCAGUUUCAAUGUCAGGUAGUACAGUAGCAAAUGGUCCUGUGACUGUGACAUCUGCUGAGACAACCAGUGUGACUGUAACUUCCAGGCAAUCACAUGAAUUGAGUAAAACAUCCACAGAAUCAGCUGGGAGCACAGUGCUAUCUACUGUAGUUUCAAAUCCAACUAGAAUAUCCUCUCACCCUACAACAACAACUGCGAUAUCAUCAGCAGAAAUACAACAGACGAGUACAGAAACUGUUACUGGAACAGGAACAACUGGUGUGUCAACUACAAUUACAGAGAGAUCGGCACAAUCUCUUGCACAAUCACCAACAUCUGGACCAUCAUCUCUAGCCCCAGAAACAACUAAGGUAUCAAUUACUGGCACAGAGUCGACUGCCCCAACAAGUGGAAGCACCAUGACAAAGGCAACAUCAGUUGAAGAAACAACUACAUUACCACCUAGAGAGGCAGUGACAUCUGGACAAACAGCUGGACCCACAGCAGCAAAUAGUCCCUCAGUUUCAAUGUCAGGCAGUACAGUGGCAAAUGGUCAUGUGACUGUGACAUCUGCUGAGACAACCAGUGUGACUGUAACUUCCAGGCAAUCACAUGAAUUGAGUAAGACAUCCACACAAUCAGCUGGGAGCACAGUGCUAUCUACUGUAGUUUCACAUUCAUCUAGAAUAUCCUCUCACCUUACGACAACAACUGGAACAUCAUCAACAGAAAGACAACAAACAAGUACAGAAACUUUUACUGGAACAGGAACAACUGGUGUGUCUACUGUAGUUUCAGAGAGACCUGCACAAUCUCUUGCACAAUCACCAUCAUCUGGACCAUCAUCUCAAGCACCCAAAACCACUAAGGUAUCAAUUACUGGCACAGAGUCGACUGCCCCAACAAGUAGAAGCACCACGACAAAGGCAACAUCAGUUGAAGAAACACCUGCAUUACCACCUAGAGAGGCAGUGACAUCUGGACAAACAGCUGGACCCACAGCAGCAAAUAGUCCCUCAGUUUCAAUGUCAGGUAGUACAGUAGCAAAUGGUCCUGUGACUGUGACAUCUGCUGAGACAACCAGUGUGACUGUAACUUCCAGGCAAUCACAUGAAUUGAGUAAGACAUCCACAGAAUCAGCUGGGAGCACAGUGCUAUCUACUGUAGCUUCAAAUCCAACUAGAAUUUCCUCUCACCCUACAACAACAACUGCAAUAUCAUCAGCAGAAAUACAACAAACAAGGACAGAAACUGUUACUGGAACAGGAACAACUGGUGUGUCAACUACAAUUACAGAGAGAUCGGCACAAUCUCUUGCACAAUCACCAACAUCUGGACCAUCAUCUCUAGCCCCAGAAACAACUAAGGUAUCAGUCACUGGCACAGAGUUAACUGGCCCAUCAACUGGAGGCACAAUGACAAAGCCAAUAUCUGUCAGAGAAACAACAAUAACCACAUCACCACCUAGAGAGGCAGUGACAUCUGGACAAACAGCUGGGCGCACAGCAGCAACUAGUCCAUCAGUUUCAAUGUCAGACAGCACAGUGGCAAAUAGUAAAUUGACUGUGACAUCUGCUCUGACAACCAGUGUGACUGUAACUUCUAGGCAAUCACCUGAAGUGAGUAAGACAUCCACACAAUCAGUUGGGAGCACAGUGCUAUCUACUGUAGCUUCAAAUCCAACUAGAAUAUCCUCUCACUCUACAAAAACAACUGGAACAUCAUCAGCACAAGGACUACAUACAAGUACAGAAACUGUUACUGAAACAAGAACAACUGGUGUGUCGACUGUAGUUACAGAGAGAUUGGCACAAUCUCUUGCACAAUCACCAACAUCUGGACCAUCAUCUCUAGCCCCAGAAACCACUAAGGUAUCAAUUACUGGUACAGAGUCGACUGCCCCAACACCUGGAAGCACCAAGACAAAGGCAACAUCAGUUGAAGAAACAACAACUGCAUCACCACCUAGAGAGGCAGUGACAUCUGGACAAACAGCUGGACCCACAGCAGCAAAUAGCCCAUCAGUUUCAGUGUCACAAAGUAUGGUGACAAGUGAUAAAUUGGCUCUGACAUCUGGCCAGACAACCAGUGUGACUGUAACUUCUAGGCAAUCACCUGAAGUGAGUAAGACAUCCACACAAUCAGGUAGGAGCACAGUGCUAUCUACUGUAGUUUCAAAUCCAACUGGAACAUCCUCUCACCCUACAACAACAACUGUAACAUCAUCAGCAGAAGGUCAACAAACAAGUACAGAAACUGUUACUGGAAUAGGAACAACUAGUGUGUCUACGUUAGUUACAAGGAGUUCUGCACAAUCUCUUGCACAAUCAGCAAGAACUGGACCAUCAUCUAGUACACUGGAAACAACUAAAGUAUCAGUUACUGACUCAAGUGAAGCUGGCUUGUCAACUACAGUCACUUUGAGAAAUACAUCAUCAGUUGCAGAAUCAGCAACAACACUAUCCUCAGCUAAAGUACUGUUAACUACUAGGGUAACAGUCACUGGUUCAGUGACCACUGGUGCUUCCACUGCAGUUACAGACACUACUGGGUCUUCCAGUGGAAAAUCAUCUUCAACUGCGUUACCAGGUAGCAUUUCACCUUCUUCUGGACAAGCAUCUGCAACUACUAGUGUGCCUACACCUUCAUCUUCAGGAUCACAAUCUAUAGGCACAUUUAGUGAUUGGACUUCAACAUUAGAACCAUCAACCAGAGUGACUGUAACAUUUGAGCCCUCAUCUGGAAACACAUGGACAUCCAGUUUAUCCACUGAUGUUCCUGGAAGAACUGUACAAGCUGAUGAAGGAACCACAAGCCAAGGAAAUAGUACUAGCAGACCAGGAGCUGAGCCUACAACAAAUGAAGGCAAGUAUGAUUAG